UCAUAAUGUUAAAGUUUUGUUUCCGGGUCACGCAGCUUGCGGGGUUAAAUUAAACCAUGGAGCAGAAAGAAGAAAACAGUAACGAUGAUGGAGACAUUUCUUCUGUCAUGGGGUUCUCUGGCUUUGGAAAGAAAGCCCGGACCUUUGAUUUCCAAGCUAUUUUUGAACAAACUCGAAGAACAGCCAUUGAGAGAAGCCAACGAGUCUUAGAGGAUCGACAACUUGAAGACCUUCAGAAAGAGCAGGCUGGUAGCUCUCAAACAGCCAGGUCAUCUGAUGCAUCCAAGACACCCUCUGUAUCAAGGAAACAGGAGAGCAGCAGCGGCAGCAGCGGCAGCAGUGGCUCAGACUCUGAUUCAGAUGGAGAGGGCAUUGGGCCCCCACCGCCCCCGGGAUUCAAACGAUUCGGGGCAGCUGCGGUGGCGGAGGAGGAAGAGGGACUGGUGGGGCCUCCGCUUCCUCCAGGCUACGGAGGCAGCAGGGCUGAGGAUGAGGAUGAUGAUGAUGAUGAUGACGACGACAAUGACGAUGAUGAUGAUGGGGACACUCAAGAGGAAGAUGAUGACAACCCAGUGAAGAAGAUUCCAGACACGCAUGAGAUCACCCUCCAGCACGGCUCUAAGACGGUGUCUGCACUCGGCCUGGAUCCCUCAGGAGCCCGUCUGGUUACCGGGGGUUACGACUACGAUGUAAAGUUCUGGGACUUUGCGGGGAUGGACUCUGCCCUGCAGGCUUUCAGAUCCCUGCAGCCCUGUGAAUGCCACCAGAUCAAGUCCCUGCAGUACAGCGUGACGGGCGACGCAAUCCUGGUGGUGGCUGGGAACGCCCAGGCCAAGGUCCUGGACCGCGACGGCUUCCAGGUGAUGGAGUGUGUGAAGGGGGACCAGUACAUCGUGGACAUGGCCAACACCAAGGGGCACACGGCCAUGCUGAAUAGUGGCUGCUGGCACCCCAAGAUCAAAGAGGAGUUCCUCACCUGCUCCAACGACGGUACGGUGCGCACAUGGGACGUGAACUCGGAGAAGAAACACAAGGGUGUGUUCAAGCCUCGCACCCAGCAGGGCAAACGUGUUACCCCGACUUGCUGCACCUACAGCAGGGAUGGGAAGCUCAUUGCGGCAGGAUGCCAAGAUGGCAGCAUCCAGAUCUGGGACCGCAACUUAAGCGUCCACACGAAGUUCCACUGUCGGCAGGCCCACACCCCAGGCUCUGACACCUCCUGUCUCACCUUCUCCUAUGAUGGGACCAUCCUGGCAUCUCGAGGAGGCGAUGACACGUUAAAGACGUGGGACAUCCGGAACUUCCGGAAGCCUCUGAACGUGGCAACUGGACUGAGCACCUUCUUCCCAAUGACCGACUGCUGUUUCAGUCCUGAUGACCAGCUCCUGGUGACCGGGACGUCAGUGAGAAAGGGUGAGGGCAACGGCAAGCUGGUGUUCUUCGACCGGGGAUCCUUCCAGAAGGUCUAUGAGAUCGAAGUGACCAACGCUCUUACACUCCCCCCCACACACACACACGCUGUCCUCUCCUCAUCUCUCCUCGUCUCCUCCAGGGGGGCCAAGCUGUGUGUGGUGAAGAGCAAGCGGAAGGAGAAGCAGGCCGAGACUCUGACGCAGGACUACAUCAUCACCCCUCACGCGCUGCCCAUGUUCCGAGAGGCCCGGCAGCGCAGCACACGGAAGCAGCUGGAGAAGGACCGUCUGGACCCGAUGAAGUCCCACAAGCCCGAGCCGCCCGUCUCUGGGCCAGGGCGAGGUGGUCGCGUGGCUGCCCAUGGCGGGACGCUGUCCUCGUACAUCGUGAAGAACAUCGCUCUGGACAAGACCGAUGACAGCAACCCGCGCGAGGCCAUCCUGCGGCACGCCAAGGAGGCAGAAGAGAACCCAUACUGGGUGGCCCCAGCAUACACAGAGACACAGCCUGAGCCACUAUUCGCUGAGGAAGAGUCAUCGGAUGAAGAAGCCGACAAAGAACCGGAGUGGAAGAAACGUAAAAUCUGAGCACACCACACAGCACCACACCUCUCCAACCUCCCUCUUCUCUCUAUCCCUCUUUCAUUUCCUUUCGUCUCUCAGUGUCUCUCUCUUCUGUUCCUCUCUCUCUCUCUCUAUGUCCUCGUGGGUUAAGAGGGUGUGUUUGACUCGUGCACACAUAGUGUGUGUUUGUUUUUGGAGAGAGGCCUGUGUUUGAAUGCCUUUUCCAGCAGCAUGCAGUUAGUGCGUCAGUGUGUCGACAGUCAGCUCACACUUCUCCUCAGAACCUUUGACACAUGGGUGUGUCAAGAUCUUUUUUGUUUUUAUAUCAUUGAUUAAAAAGAUGUACAAUUGUGUAGACAUAAACAGUCAAUGAAUAAUUCAAACAUUCUUUUAAUAAAGAACCUUUUUACAA